GUUGUCCUUCCGUCCUCCCUAUACAUCCACUCUUGAGUCCGGGCCACCAUGUCGCGCUACCCAUACGGCCUCUCCCCGGACAUCACGCCCACGAGCAGCCCAAGCAAGCUCACGAAGGCGCAGAAGAGCCGCGCGCGGCGCGAGCCAUCUGGCGUGUUCUCGCUCUUCUCCCCGCCGCAGAUCCAGCAGUUCCGCGAGGCGUUCGGGCUGAUCGACCACGACGGCGACGGGAUCGUGUCCGAGCAAGACCUCAAGCACAUCUUCAGCAGUCUCGGCAUCUCCCCUUCGCGCUCAACGGUGGACCAGCUGCUCGCGGACCGCCCAGGGGACCGGCGGGGCUCGCUCGGCGGGGGCGGGCACUCGCGCUUCGCGUCCGCGGAGUCGGACGGGGGGAACGACCGCGGGAUCACGUUCCCGAUGUUCCUCACGAUGAUGGGCGAGCACCUGUACGACUUUGACGCGGAGCAGGAGCUGCUGCAGGCGUUUGAGUGCUUCGACGAGGCGGACUCGGGCUUCGUCAAGUGCGACGAGAUCCGGAAGUGGCUCGGGGACGUGGGCGAGCGGAUGGACGAGCACGAGAUUGAUAAGUUCUUGAAGGGACCGUUCACGCGGAACGGCCAGUUCAACUACCGGGAAUGGGUCAAGGUGCUAAGAAUCAACACGGACAAUGAAGAGCCCGACUCCCAGUGAUGUGCUCCCCGUUUUCCCGCCAUGGACGAUGUAUGAUAUAUGUUGUAUCUGUCACGACCUCUUAUGAUCAAGGAUACCCUCACCAGCGCA